CGUCUGGGUCUUAAAGUGGUUUGAUAGAUCUGGUUUCAUUAACACGAGAAUUUGUAUAAAAACUUUAGCAAACUGCAAAAGAGUCGUCAUUCAGAGUCCGUCUUCAACUAAGCCAAGAUGUUCCGCUACAUUCUCGUCGCCUCCGCCUUCCUGGCCUGCGCUUAUGCUGCCGCCAACUACAACCAGGAUGCUGGUGCCUACAUCACCAAGAGCGGUGCUGACAUCCAGCCCGAUGGCCACUACAACUACAACUAUGAGACCAGCAACGGCAUCGCCGCCCAGGAGUCCGGCCUCGGUGGCUACCAGGCCAACGGUGGCUACUCCUACUACUCCCCCGAGGGUGAGCUCGUCCAGAUCCAGUAUGUGGCUGAUGAGAACGGCUUCCAGCCCCAGGGAGCUCUCCUGCCCACUCCUCCUCCAAUCCCAGCUGCCAUCCUGAAGUCCCUGGAGUACAUCCGCACUCAUCCCCAGUACGUUGAGCCUGCCCAGCAUAGCGGUCAUGGCUUUGGCAGGCUUAGGAGCCUGGUUGGUUAA